CAUCCGGCGCUCGGAAACUUUCGACGAGUUCAGUCGCCGCGCACGUUUGAACAAGUGCAUGCAAAUGCAAAAUGUGAUAGUUCCCAACUAAACGACUGUAAUUAAAAAAGUGUAAAAAUGAUGCCGAUUAAAAUAAUUUAUCGUAUCGUACAAGUUGUGAUUUUGACUUUGGUUAUCCUGUACUUUAACAACAUUGUUAGAUGUGAAGCCCAGAGUGAGAAAAUACCGAUCGGUGUGGUGUUCGACCAAAACACUGAAGAGAUCCAGAAUGCCUUCAAGUUCGCCAUGGUUCAACAUUCGACGCCCAACAGGACCCGGCUCGACUUCCAACUCUACGUGGACAUCAUCAACACCGCCGACGCUUUCAAACUUUCCAGACUUAUAUGCAACCAAUUCGCGCGGGGUGUAAUCGCCAUGUUGGGAGCAGUCACGCCGGAUUCUUUCGACACGCUCCACUCGUACACCAAUACCUUCCAGAUGCCCUUCGUCACCCCAUGGUUUCCUGAGAAGGUGAUUCCGCCGACAUCGGGAUUAAUCGACUACGCAGUGAGCAUGCGGCCUGACUACCACCGAGCGGUCAUAGACACCAUUACCUUCUACGGAUGGAAAAACGUCAUCUACAUUUAUGAUUCUCAUGAUGGUCUGCUCCGCCUGCAACAGCUGUACCAGAGCCUUCAGCCCGGCAACGCUACCUUCCGCAUAUCGAACGUGAAGCGCGUGUCGAACUCCACCGACGUGGUGGACUUCCUCCGAGCCAUCGAGCGCCUCGACCGCUGGAGCAACAAGCACGUCGUCCUGGACUCCGCCACACAGCUCGCCAAAGACGCGCUAAUUCUGCACGUACGCGACGUGCACCUCGGCCGAAGAAACUAUCACUAUUUCCUCAGCGGCUUGGUAAUGGACGAUCGCUGGGAGAAAGAAGUAACGGAGUUUGGCGCUGUCAAUAUAACCGGAUUUCGUCUCCUGGACACUUCACGGAAAGUUGUUCGAGACUUUAUUGAUGUCUGGAAAAAAGAUUCUAUCUCGGCUCAAGCAGCUCUCAUGUACGACGCAGUGCAAGUUCUGAUAGACGCGGUGAUGAGACUCAUGCGCAAGAAACCUGAUGUUCUUCGCAGCACCAUCCGCCGCAACGCCAACCUGAACAGCAGCAAAACCAUGGACUGCAGCCCCAAGGGGAAACUGACGCCAUACGAACACGGAGACAAGAUCUCGAGGAUGAUCAAAAAGACGGAGAUAGAUGGUUUGACUGGCACCGUCAGGUUCAAUGAGGAAGGUCACCGACGAAACUUCACUCUACAAGUCAUGGAGGUCACUGUGGAUGGUGACAUGAAAAAGGUAGCGACAUGGUUCGACAACAAAGGCUUAGUUCCCGUCUCAGCGAAACUGCCGUUGAGCCUGCCCGGAGCCUACGACCGUAACAAGACGUACGUAGUGUCCACAAUCGAAGAGCCGCCGUACAUGAUGCGGAACAAUCCAGACAAUUCGGCGUACUCGACUAAUGACCCGUACAGGGGUUUCUGCGUCGAUCUGGCCGAAUUGCUAUCCGAUAAAUUAGAAAUCAAAUAUGAAUUCAGGUUGGUAAAAGACGGAAAAUAUGGAAAUGAAAACCCAAAAAUUAUAGGUGGCUGGGACGGAAUGGUUGGAGAGAUUUUGCGGAAGGAAGUGGAUAUGGUGAUUGCACCGCUAACGGUCACGAUGGAAAGAGAGGCGGUGAUCGACUUCAGCAAGACGUUUUUAUCUUUUGAUCUGAAACCGGGCGCUAACAAUAUCAAAGAAGAUUCAUCUAUAUUCAGUUUCUUACACCCACUUUCCAAAGAGUUAUGGGUGUGCAUCCUAUUCAGCCUGUUUGCUGUAAGCGUGGUCUUAUUCUUGGUUUCACGAUUCUCCCCUAAUGAGUGGCGUAUUGUAUCAUUUCCCGAUGGUCAAUCUUCGGAACAUAAUGAAGUUACAACAACUAAGGCGAGUGUCGUUAACGAGUUUAGCUUUUGGAAUUCGAUGUGGUUCUCCCUAGGCUCGUUCAUGCAGCAGGGUAGCGACAUUACCCCGAGAUCUGUAUCUGGCAGAAUUGUAGGCUCCGUUUGGUGGUUUUUCGCUCUGAUCGUAAUAUCAUCGUACACGGCAAACAUGACGACUUAUUUGACUAUUUCUCGUAUAACGGACCCGGCUCCAACGUUCAGCAAAGUAGCAACAUGCCCUGAGGACUCUACCAUGGGACAAGGGAGCACGCCUCUGCCCCAGGACUCUGUUGAAGAACACGGCUGGCUGGCGUUCCUUCUUGACCGAUCGUCUGCGACUAAAGAUAAACCGAGACCUUGUGAAAUGCUCGUCACUGUUACCAGCUCCGGAGUGAAAGAUUUCGCCGUCGCUCUACCAAAAGGAUCCAAGUUGCGGGAGGGCAUCAACCUCGCUUUGACAUCGCUUAAAAAUGACGGGGAAUUGCAGAAGCUUAUUCGGAAAUGGUUCACGCUUGCAGAGUGUGAUUUGACGGAUAAGAGCGUUCAAGGGUCGGAGUUGACGCUGAGUGAAGUGGCUGGGUUGUUUUACGUGUUAAUGGGUGGUUUAGCGCUGGCUCUGGCGGUGGCUUUGUUGGAGUUCUGCCAGCACGGGCGGGCUGAGGCCGCGCGGUCCAAUGUUCCGCUCGGGACGGCCCUGAAGGCCAAGGCCCGCAUGGCCUCUCGGGCUGAGCGUAAGGCCGCACAACAACACACCCCGCAGCGCGAGCACGACCGCCUCGGAUGGAAUGGUGGAGCCUUCACUGGAUACUACAGCCCGGCCAACCAGAUCGGCCAGGAGGAGACGGCGUUGCAUGCCAGCUUCACGCAAGUCUGAUGCUCGAGCCGGGACGUUGGCACCAUUCGCCGCCCGUCCCACUCCAAGCAGAUGUCGACCUCCGUCGAUCUGUACCAGCUGUAAGCUGCUAAGGUCUUCAGCGGCGUCCCCUAGGUCAGUUUCAAAAACUACCCUAACGUGAUCACAAACGACCAGGCUAUUAACGUUGCUAUUAAAAGAUCUUACCUAUUGUACGCGGGAAGAAAACUGUUCGGCCACACACAAACAUUUGGAAUUGAGGUACGAUGUGUGUGGUAUAGGCACGAGAUGAAAUCUUUUGAAAUUUUAAGCCGGAUUUUAAAAUCCAUGUAAUCAAUAGCAGUAAUUAUAUAUUUGUCUGAUAUAUCCGUUCUACAUUUAUCAAUUGUCUUAGUAGUGUUUACCGUUGAGCUACAUUAUUUUACUACACCAUUAGGUCCUACGAGACAUGUCGUAAGUCACUUGCAACCCUUAAGUACGGGAAUUUACCGGUAAUUAUUAAGGUUCCAGAGGUCUACCUCCUUUCAACCGUUAAUAUCCUAAAUAUUUCCUUUGGUAUUCAAAUUGUUAUGUAAAUAUUUAUUAUUAUCCUAAACAGUUCCUCCGAGAAUUAAUUACUUUUACGAAUUUCAUACUGCUAAAGGAAUGAUAGAACAUUAUCGUAGACGUUUUAAUUAACUGCUCUUUGUCGUUUUAGAUAUAUUUAAAUGCAAAUUUAAUAAUAUUUUGUUAUUGUAUUGUUAUAUUAAUUUAAGAUUUUGCCUGUAUAUUUUUAAUGACUGUCAAACCGACGGAACCCAAAUAUAUUUCUGAGCUAAUCACGCUCAAUGAUCUCCAGCGAAUUAUGAUCGUUUCUUCAUUUCUAAUCGAAUACGAACCGAUCCUGAUUCGUGCUAUUUAAAUAACUAUAUACAUUUCUGUUUUGGUGUUUAUUACCAAGUAGAUAAAUAUCAGGGUCUUAUAAUACGUGUUAUACUAAGUAAAACAUUCAAUUAGGUGACAUAAUUCAAAUUGGUGUAAAUUUUAAAACGUAGUUAGCAAGAUAAACGUUAAUUACGGGCCGGAAACUUAGCUUCAACAUAUUAUCUGUUUUACUACACAUUUAUAUUAUCGGUGUAUUUAAUAAGUUAAGUGCAUUUACUUAAUGUUUUAUCAUAUAAUCAUUAAUUGGAAUAUGAGUGAAUAAUAGCUCGACUAGUUGUAACAAUGCAUAUUAUAGAACCCAUUUACGGGAUUUGUCGGUGUUUACAAUUACUAAAUGUUACCUUACCUGAAACCUGCUUAACCCCAGCAAUUAGAAAGUUAGUAAAUUUUAAUAGUAACCUACCCCGGAAAAAUCCGCCGCAAUCAUCCACUUUUCAUACAUGUUUAGUACUUAUAUUAUUAUAAAUAUGAAGAAUUUGGUGUUACAUGUUUACAAUAAGAAUAGCAGCUUCACGUUAAGCGUUUAAUGUUUUAAACCUAUUUUAUGUAUACUUUGUUAAAAUUUUGUUUCCAUUUUAAUUUACUUCACUUACCAACUGUUUAGAUUUAGGAAAUUAUCUAUAGGUGUCUAAUUCUAAACCUACUAUAAAUUAUUAAUUGAUGUGUGAUGACAGGUUAAAAUAGUUGUAUCAUUAGGGUAUACCGUAUUAAAUUAAGAAUUUAGCGAACUUAGUAUAACUAUGUCACUUACUUACACUUAUUUUUGUUUUUCGUCGAUAAUCUCUUGUAUCGCGGAUUUCUUAAUCAGUAAUUUAUUGAAUAUACGUAUACUUCAUUCUUUGAAAGAAUAAAUUAAGUUGACAUAUUUUAUUUUGUAGGUCUAAAAAUUACUAUCGAAUAAGAUAACGCCAAAGGCAAAUUAUAUCAUAUCAACCAAAGAUCUUUAAAAACGUAUUUAGAAUCAUUUUCAAAAAUAACACAUUUCAAGAAUACUUACCUUGAAACCGAUUUGUUAGUUGCAUUUUGUUUUAGCUUGUUGCUCUAAACGCGUUUACUAUGCUUCCGUCCUACGCUGUUUUAUAGUUAAAUGAAAUAAGUAUGGUUAUCAUUUUUAUGUGUGCGACCUUAAGGCCAAAUAAAAUGUACUCUGAACAAGGAGUACCGACUGAUAUAAAAUACCCAAGCUCAUAUUUUUUACAUUUAUGUGCCAAAACGUAAUGUUAAAAACGUCGUAUGAAACUCGUGUGCAUUGGUUUAUUAUACUCUCAGCUAUAAUAUCCAUCUUUUACCUCUUGUCACUUUAAUUAAUGUCUUGCCCUCAAAAAAUGUAAUGAAAUUAGACUAACUGAUAAUUACUUACGUGAAACUUGAUUAUUUCUUAAUCACCUGGCUAUCUUGCUUAUUUUAAUGAUAAUGUACAAUGUACAUACUUCAAUCAAAGUUGAUUGUAGGUGUUUAAAUAAAUGAAGAGUGCUGCUGCGGUCACAUCCGUCCGUCAGUUGAAGGCUGAAUUAUGCUCGUGGCGUAAUUUAUUUAAAUGGGUGGAAGGGAAUUUAAAAACUACGGCUAACGAGUCGUAAAAAUAAUAUUAAUUACGUCAUUACUGCGGUGUGCCAUACGUGUGCUUCCUCACCUCACACCCGCUAAAUGGCCGGUUCGUGUAAAGAAAUAUUUUAUUAUUGGCAGUUUGAAAAGAACCUGUAAUGGCCUAUUGCAUUAUUUGCACACACAAAAAAUAUGUAAGCGUAACGAAUUGUAGGUAAAACUUCUCAAAAUUAAAACAUGCCAAUAAAGGCAAAUUUAAUUCAGGCUGUUUUUUUUUUUCGAAUUAUAAAAUAAUAUAAAAGAAAUUGGGAAACUUUGUAUUGAAAAAUUAAAAAAUGUAAAUGCGUACAUCAGUGCUAGCUUUAUUCUGGACGAUUAACAGAACCUCUCCCACAAAAUAUAAUACAGAUGCAAAGAUAAUAGAAAUCAGUUCAAAAUGUGGCCUCGAUUCGGAGUAUAAUUGUUUACGAAUGGUUAUAUUCCCGCACUCCUAAUAAAUUAAUAACAUAUUUAAACUUGCAUUUGCAAACUCACUAAUUUAGAUUUUACCCUAGUACUAAAUAUAAAGACAUACAUUAAGUUAUAUUAUAUUCUUCAAAUGACUGAUUUACAUAAUCGUUUCAUCGUAGAUUCUAGGAUCUAAGUCAUAAGUAUUGAAAUAUGUUACUGUUGUUAACUUAGGUUAUGGAUAAUUUACUGAUGAAAAUAAUUUACUUUCAUGUGCUUGAUAUUUGUAAAUUUAUGUAGCAGGUUGAAUAUAUGAAUAUCGAUUAUAAUUUACAAUUUAAAUAUGAUAGAGAUUUGUGGCUAGUCAACAAAGCACAAUCCAAAUAGCGGAAUGCUUAAUAAUUUUAUUGACAGACCGACAUUGUGUUUUUAGAGAUACCUAUUUUAUUUAACUCUUUAUUAUUGUAACUUACAUUCACGUUAUGUUCGAUGGACACUUCUUGUAACCUCUUAUUUAUGUAUAAUAAAUACUUAUCCGUAUG